UCUUCAGGUGAAACUGGUAUCGGCAAGUCCACCCUGAUGGACACUCUGUUCAGCACCAACUUUGAAAACUUUGAGUCGUCUCACUUUGAGCCUGAGGUGCAGCUGCGGGCUCAAACCUACGACCUGCAGGAGAGUAACGUGCGACUGCGCCUCACCGUGGUUAACACGGUGGGAUUCGGAGACCAAAUGAACAAACAGGAGAGCUAUCAGCCGGUGGUGGACUAUAUCGACAGGCAGUUUGAGAGUUACCUGCAGGAGGAACUCAAAAUCAGGCGCUCCCUUUUCAACUACCACGACUCGCGGGUCCACGCCUGUCUGUAUUUCAUCUCC